CGGCCCGGUUGGAAGAGUGGAUGGAUGCACGGAGAGGCGUGAGAACUUGUGCAACAUGUUGCGCGACGCAGCAGGCAGGCAGGCCGUCUGAUGUGCGCACAGACGAUGCGGCUGGAUGUGUCGAGUGCACAAAGCAACAAGCGAGCCGAGCCGUGUUGCUGUCAAGGACGUCGUCAACACUCACGACUUCAUCGCUUGCUUCAAACAUUCAAGCCAUGCAUCCCAUCCAUCCACAUUCACUUUGAUCUGCAUUCAAGGCUAUCAAGUCAGACAAGUCUGGCCUCCAUUCGGCGCUUUCACCAAACUUACGUCAAAACAGCAUCGCCUAGCAGCUUCCGCAUUCAGAUCUGGUGCCCAAGUCACAUUCUUUCCAGUUCGCCUCUUGACCCCAUUAGCGCGGCCCCUCUCCCUGUGGGUGGAUCGCAAUCGUCGCUGUGAAGCCGAGAUCGAUACGCAGCGCUCCGCUUGCACGGGAGCGUGAUCAGACACGCCAGAUCCCAGCUGCGCCGGUGCCGGACGGAUCCUUGGCCUCGACGUGUCGGUUUGAGAGCAAGGGAUCAGGCGGUCGAGUGGGGGUAAUACACCGCACCUACAACUUUCACCAAGAAAGCAUUUCUGCGCAACCACUCCCUCUUUGCCAUCAU